AUGUACAUUUUCUCGUACAGCGAGGCAAGCGCUUUGGGCCCCUUCACCCCACCCAUCUCUGCAACUGACUGCUAUACUUUACGGAUACUUUUCCGAGAUCUUUCCUCCUCCGAACUUUUGUUCUGGAAAAAGGAGUCGCUCCCUACCCCUGUCACCACUCCGCUACCUGUACCUUUCUUACCUGCGGGUAUAGAGAGGGGUUUUGCAGGCGAAGCUUGGGCAGCCGGCCGAAGUAGUUCCACGGCGCCCGCUUGGGGCUCUGACUUCACGGCCGCGAGCAGCGCUGACCUCCGUUGCGUCGCGAAUCAGAACUACUCGCAGGUGCCGCCGCCGCCGCCGCCGUCGUCUCCUCCUACGCUUCCAGGCCCAGCCAGCUCCGCGGAGACACCAGCGAGCGACAGACGAGCGAAGCCACCGGACGCCCCGUUCAGUUUUGCGUGCGACAACAGGCAACAAUGGUCGGAGCGAAGUGCAUGGCGGCGGGAGCGGUGCUGCUGGUGGCGUUGGCCGUUAGCUGGACCCCCACCGGAAACAAGUGAAGAUGAACCCGAGCGUGAAUUGAAAGAACGAGAACAGAGUAACCUCAACGGUUUGGAGAUGCAAUCGAUUGUGUCAACUGCUGAUGUGCCGCAGAUUUCUACACUUUUCGCCGACCUCAAUCUUCGCACAGGGAAAUAUUGA